AGAGAGAGAGAGAGGGAGAGAGGGAGAGAGAGAGAGAGGGAGAGAGGGAGAGAGGGAGAGAGCGAGCAUGAUGAACAGCAUAAGUUAGUAAAGUAAGCUAGCAGACUUGAUGUAAGCUAGCACUUUGUUCUUUUCCUCCUCCUUUCUUUAUUGUUUUCCACUCCUUUGUUUUCUUUCUUUGUACAUCUUCACACGCGGCACAACAAGAUCAUCGCCGCCCCAAAGCAGCACCUUUGUUUGUUGGCUAAUCCGCUUCUUUUUUUUUUGUGUGUGAGUGUGUGGUUCCAAAAAGAGAUUCCAGCCUUUCUGCGAUUCCCGUCAAAAGGAGGAAAACUGUGAGCGUGAGCGACUACAUGGACUAGACCGAACAUGAAGAGCCUAAAAGCCAAGUUCAGGAAAACCGAUGCCAACGAGUGGAACAAAAACGACGAGCGCCUGCUGGCGGCCGUGGAACACGUGAGGUGGACAAGGUGGCGUCGCUGGUCGCCAAGAAAGGUGCCAGCGCCCGUCAAGCUGGACAGCGAGGGCAAAUCAGCUGUCCAUGUUGCAGCUUCUCGUGGUCACACUGACUGUUUGUCUGUCCUGCUGGCACAUGGCGCCGACCCAACACUCAAUGAUGCUUCAGGUGUGAGUCCCUUACACCUGGCAGCCAGGAACAAUCACGUGGAGUGCUGCAGGAAGCUCCUUCAGAAUAAAUGUCCCGUGGACGCACUCGACGGCUCAGGAAGGACAGCUUUGCAUCACGCUGCUCUUGGUGGGAAGAUCCAGACUGUCCAUUUUCUUUGUGAGCUGAAAAGUCCCGUCGACCUUAAAGAUUCCGACGGCUACGCCCCUCUGCUCCUGGCAGCCGCACACGGCCAUGCUGAGGUGUGCAGCGUUCUGCUGGACCGUGGCGCCGACGUUGGCACUUGUGACAAGAGCGGCAGGACCGCCAUGAUGCUCGCCGCAGAGGCCAACGCUGUGUCCGUCAGCCAGGUUCUGGUCCAGCGAGGGGCGACCCUCUCCGCAGUGGACGCUCGAGGCCACGACGUAGUGCAUUAUGCGAACGCGUCCGCCAGCUGUGAGGUCAAAGCUGCACUCAGCGCUGCUCGCACGCAACAACUGUCUGAUGUCACGUCGGCCAGAGGUGCUGCGCAUGACGCAGUAGCUCUGCCAGGUGAUGAGCAGGCGUCAACUCCAAAAAAACGCAAAGCACCUGCACCACCCAUGAGUACUCUGCAGAAGUCUGCUCCUUCUUCUCCUUGCGUCUCGUCCAACAACAGCGACAAGAGGUCCAACUGUAAGGAGGACGAAGCUGGCGACGAGGACCACAGAACAAUGUUGCAGGAGACGAUGGACGACUCGAGGAGCGCGGCAGCUUGUCCUGAAGCGGACGUCCAGGUGGAGCCUGCGUCUUCUUCUGCUCUCGUCUCGGCCCUGCAGGACCACGUCAGCCUGCUCACUAUGGAAAACCAGCAGCUGGCGGCAAAACUCGAGACACUUUGGUCCCUGCAUGGAAGCGAGCAGCUGAAGGACAGCAGCCGUCCUGACAGCAGGACCUCCAACUCCUCCGUCCAUUCCACGCGGGACCACGCAGAGCUCGCCGAAAUGGUUCCGCCGGAGGACGAAGGGAGGAGGAAGAGCUGCGAGGAGAUCCUGCUGCUAAGACAGACGCUGGACAAGGUCCAAGCUGAGCUGCUGGAGAGCAGAGAGGAAAACUGCCGGCUUCAGGCUCAGCUGAGAGCUGGAGAAGAGGACGACGGAAGGAGCAAAGGAAAGGAGGAGGAGUUGCUGGAGAGCUUGGCGGAGCUUCAGGCCAAGCUGAGCGACACACAGGAGAGAUACCACCAUGCUGUGGAGGAGCUGAGAGGUCAUGCGGAAGGCGCCGGAACGUCCUUGCUGGAGCAGGAAGUCCUACAUCUGAAGGCACAGCUGCUCCGUGAGCAGCAGGACGUCGCUCAGCGCGUCGGAGAGCUGGAGGGGGAGCUGAAGAAGGCGGAGGAGCAGAGACGGGCGUUUGAGGAGCAAGCGCAGAGCAUGGAGGAGACGUACAAGGAGGCGCAGGAGGAGAUCAGCCUUCUGCAGGAGGCCCUGCGAGGAACCGUCCCUGUGGAGGCGGCCGCCAAGGACUUCCAGGACAUGAAGACGGAGCUCAACCAGGUCAUCUGUGGCCUCCAGCGCCGCCUGGUGGAGCUGUCGCACUCCUACAGCCAAACCAGGGCGCAGCUGGGCGCCGCCCACAAGCAGCUGGAGGACGGCGACCGGCCCGCGUCUCCUCCCUCGGACCAGGAGGACCUGGCGGGCAGGCUGGAGGAGCUGCAGGCGCUGCUGGCGGACACGCAGGACAAGCACGCCGAAGCUCUGAAGGAGAUUUCACAGCUGAGGAUGGAAGCCGAGGUUCAGGUGCAGAGCUCCGUGUCCCUCGGCGACCACACUCGGGUGAUGUCGUCUCUGGGGAACGCCGUCAAGGAGCUGGAGAGCGAAUCGGAAGCUCUGAAGGCGCAGCUCCGCCAGAAGACCUUGCAGGUGGACACUCUGCAGAACAGGCUGGAGGCCGACAAACAAUCGGAGGACGUCAUCUCCUUGGAGGAGCACAAUAAGAUUGGAGAGCAGCUUGAGGGCCAAGUGAGCCACCUGACGCAGCUCCUCCAGGAGGCCCUCAGGAAGCAGGAUGAGAUGGCGCUGGAGGCUGCAGAUGCCUGGCAGAUGGGGCGGGACUACAGAGCGGAGCGUGACCUCCUGCAGGAGCAGCUCACGUCCACUGAGAAGGACAAGCAGAGUUUGAGUGACAGCUUGCGUGCGUCCCAGGAUGCAAUUCUGCAGCUCAAAGUUGUGGUGGAGAAACAUGUGGCCUCUGAGCGCGACAAGAACAAGCGGAUAGACGACCUCUCCCGGGAAGUCAACAAGCUGAAGGACGCCUUGAACAGCCUAUCACAGCUCUCCUACAGCUCGGCCCCGCCCACCAAGCGGCAGCAGCUGGAGAACAUGCAGCAGCAAGUCAAACAUCUGCAGUACCAACUGGCUGAGUCCAAGAAGCAGCACCAUGACAUCGUGUCGGUCUACAGGAUGCACCUUCUGUACGCCGUGCAGGGUCAGAUGGACGAGGAUGUGCAGAAGGCCUUGAAGCAGAUCCUCAUCAUGUGCAAAAAGAUGCCGAAGCAGAGCAAGGAUGCAUGUUGACGCUGCGCACACAAAAACACAACACUUGCAAAGUUUUCGUCGUGUACUUGGAAGUCUUGGACAGUGGAGAGAGGACUUCCUCCUGGACUUCCUCCUGGACUCGGUGGAACACAGCAGAACUUGCAGUCAUCCUAAAUGAACAGUUGUGGUCAUGCUGUUACGUCAAAUGUUCUUGAAGAUUUCUCUGGUGCCAUCUCGGCCAUGUUUGCAUUCUGUGCUAGAAAUGUCUUCUUGUCCCAGUUACUGUAACCCACCAGGAGUUUUUAUGUUGGAAUGUUUUUGUCCUGCCUUGUUAAAAAAUGCACUAUGUUGACCCCUGAA